AUGUCCCACGCCGGAGAAAAGUCCAGCCUCGAUCAGCACGUCGAAAAAGUGCCCAUGGCCACGGCCGACCUCGCCGAGGCGCAGCAGCUCGCUACUCAGUGGGUCGACGGGACACCAGAGGAGAAGAGGCUGGUGCGUAAGCUUGACUGGCGGAUUCUUCCUUGCACCUGGAUCUUGUACCUGCUUGGGUUUCUGGACCGUGCAAAUGUUGGCAAUGCCAAAACCGGUGGGAUGGAGGACGACUUCAACCUCACCUCAUCACAAUACUCCAUCAUUGUGCUCGUCUUUUUCAUCUCGUACCUCAUCUUCGAGGUCCCCGCCAACAUGAUCUUGACCCGUGUCCGGCCCAGCGUGUUUCUGCCCGGACUGGCGCUUGUCUGGGGUACAUUCGCUGCACUGAUGGGCGCGACGCAGAACUGGACACAGUUGGCCGGGAUGCGGUUCCUGCUUGGAUUCGCGGAGGCCGGUUUCGCCCCAGGGUGCGCCUUUUUCCUCUCUUCGUGGUAUCGUCGAUAUGAACUUGCCACGCGCUUUGCCCUGCUGUACACCUCUGUCCCGCUUGCUGGAGCAACCUCUGGUCUUCUCGCGGGUGUCAUUACCGAUCAUAUGGAUAAUGUUGGUGGUCUUCCGGGGUGGAGGUGGUUGUUUAUCCUUGAAGGCAUUGCCUCGGUCGUCGCCGCCGUCGCCAUCUAUUUCCUCAUGCCCGACUAUCCCUCGACGAGCCACCGCUUCCUCAGCGAGGAAGAGAGCGUUCUCGCAUGCAACCGCCUCGCCGUCGACGGAAUCGGUCUAACGCAGGGCACAGGCGCCGAGACGAUCCCACACUGGGAAGCUUUCAAGAUGACGUGCGCCGAUUGGCGCGUGUGGGCGCAGUGCUUUCUCUUCGUGCUUGUCACCGGCUCCCAGACAAUGCAGUAUUUCAUCCCGACGCUCGUCGAAAGUUUUGGGUGGACGGGACCGACGGGACAGUACCACACAAUCCCCGCAUACAUGGCGGCCCUAGUAUACGUCGUCGCCUGCUGCUGGCUCGCCGACCGAUAUAAGCGCAAAUGGCAAUUUAUCUGCGGCCUAUCGGGGCUCGGAUGCAUCCUCUUCAUCGCGGUUGCCACAAUCCAAAACAACCGCAUGGCGCAAUACGUACUCACAAUAUUCGCCUUCGGCACAAUCUAUGGCUGCUCUCCGCUUGUCAAAACCUGGGUCUCCGAUGUGAUCCCGCAGCCCGCCGCCAAGCGUGCGAUCGCAAUCGCCCUCAUCAACGGGAUUGGAAACGCGUCGUCCAUCUAUUCGUCGUGGCUGUGGCCGGAUAAGGAUGCGCCGCGGUAUACUCCAGGCUUUGCGACGACGACGACUUGGCUGGGUGUGCUUUGUAUCUGUACGGCAGUUUUUGCGUACUUCUUUAAUAAAUAUCCCGUGCAGAGGGCGGACCACGCGACAGUUAUGGCUGACGAGUUGAGGGCGAGAAGGGAGGCGCAGGAGGGGGACCUGAAGGCUUAA